AUGGUUAAACUAGGAAAAAUGGUUAAACUCGGUAAAUUUACUCGAGGGUUUCUAACCAGAAUCUUAAUAUUAUUUUUAAUCACAUACACAAUUUUAACAUCAUUACAAUCAUUAUCAAAACGACCUUCUAUAAUAGAAUAUAAAAUAAGUCUAAAUAGGUCAAUCAAACAUAAAUUCAAAUCAUGGUAUUCAAAUAUAUUAUCAUCUCAAUAUAAUUUAGAAUCAAAUUCAAAUUUUUUAUCUAAAUUACAAGAAAUUAAACAAGAAAAAUUAGCAAAUGAUUACGCUAAUGAAUUAUGGGAUAUCAACGAAUCCAAUUUAAAUAAUUUACCUUUAAGUGUUCAAUUACCAACCUAUUUCCAUGAUAAUAACAUUAAAAAACCAACAAAGCAACCAUUUGAUCCAAGAUUUACUCUUGCUGCUUAUUUUCAAUAUUUACAAUUAAAAGGUACAGAAGAACCAAUUCCAUUUCAUUGGUCAGAUUGGGUAGAUUUAUCUCGGUUAGAUAAAUAUAUUCUUGAUAAAAAAAAGAGAAAUUUAUGUUCAACAUUAUUUGAUAUUUCUAGUAGGAAAAAAGAGAUUGAAGGUUCAGAUGUUAUUGAUGUAAAUCAAUAUUGUAAAUAUGAUCCUCAAUCAGAAUUAGGUUAUAAGAUUUUUGCUCCAACUGGUCCUCAAACUGUUAAUAAUCGAGAAAUCUUGGGGAAAUCUUAUUUAUAUACUGGUGCUCCUUCUCCAAGAAAAUUGAUUUUUUUGACUAAUGAACAAGGAUCUUAUAGUAUUAAUGUUAACAAUUAUCAGGAAAAUAGCGUAAAUAAUUCAUUGCUACAUAAUGGAAUGAUAGAUGAGUUGGUAUCAAAUGAUAAUGGAAUUAAAUCAUUAAAUGUAUUGGAUUCAUACAAAUCUUUAAUUUCAACUCAUCCAGUUCCAAAAUCUAGAAGUUUAUUAAAAGAAAGAACGAUUCAUAUUCCAGAAUCUUCCUUCCUUAAUAAUCCAUAUCCAAUCAUUAAAGACUUAACCAAUUCCAAACGUCAAUUAUCAAACAUGGAAAAGCUGUUCCUUGAAUCACUUCAAUUUAGUGUGUCUUGUGCUGAGCCACCAAAAUAUUUCUCCGAAGCUAAAUUAUUAGAAAAAUAUCUGGAAAGAUGGUUAGGUGAACAUUAUGAUUGGAGAUUUUUCACAGGAUUAACUGUGGGUACCGAUGAUCAAUCAAUUGUAUUACAUCGUUUAGUUAAAAAUUAUUUGAAUUUUGCUAGAGUUCAUGGAAUUAUCACUUGGAUUGCUCAUGGUUCUUUAUUAUCUUGGUAUUGGAAUGGAAUUGCAUUCCCAUAUGAUACUGAUAUUGAUGUUCAAGUUCCAAUUAGUGAAUUAUAUAAAUUAGGAAGAUACUUUAAUCAAACUUUAGUUGUGGAAAGUGUUAUGGAUUCAGAUGGGCAAUUUGAUGGAAUGGGAAGAUAUUUUGUUGAUGUUGGAUCCACUAUUUCUCAUAGAAAGAAGGAAAAUGGGGCAAAUAAUAUUGAUGCCAGAUUUAUUGAUAUUGAUACUGGAUUAUAUAUCGAUAUUACUGCUUUAGCCUUAACUGAUACUCCAGCUCCAUCAAGAUAUGAUAAUUAUAUUUCUAUGGACGUAACUAAAAAAUCGAUUGUUGAUGCUUUAUCAAGACCAGGCGAAUUGAAUCAUGCAGUUAAAAAUCAACAAUUGAAAGUUUAUAAUUGUCGUAAUGAACAUUUUAGUUUAUAUGAAGAACUUUCUCCAUUAGUUCUUGCCACUGUUGAAAAUCAACUUAGUUAUGUUCCAUCCAAUUUCGUUAUGACAUUACAUUAUGAAUAUAAUUUAGAUGGUACAACUCAAAGAAAUUAUCGUGAUUAUUAUUAUUUAAAUAAUUUCAGAUUAUGGUUCAAAACUCAAGUUAUCCUUGAUUAUCUUAAAUCUCCACAAACUUGGAUAAACGAUAAUAAUUCCACUUUAAAUAACCCUGAUAAUCAUUUACAUUCUAAAUCUAAUGGAGUUGAAAAACGUCUUGUGGGAGAAAUUGAAAAAUUGCAAAUUAAUAAAUUAUCAGUCAAAGAUCAUAUAAAUCUUCUUCAAUCAAAUAAAUUAUUUAAAGAAUGGUAUAAGACAAUGAAUUUUACAAAAUUCCAUGAAUUGGAAUUAACAAAAAUAUUAAAGAAUGAAGUUGAUGAUAUUGAUCAAUUAUUAGACGAUUAUAAGGAAGAAAAUUGUUUGGGUAGAGGUAUAAGACCUGAUUUAUUUAUGCAUUCGAUCUUUACGGAUCUUACUGGGAAAAAGAAUGAUUUCUUAGGUGAAGUGGAAAGAACACUAGAGUUACAAGAAACUUAUGAAUCUGAGAACCAAUAG